AUGUUUAGUUAUUACCUAUUUAGCUGUCAGGAUAUUACUUUUUCUUGGCUUAAUUAUUCUAAUUCUAAUACCUAUAACAUUCUUAAGUCACGUUCUGUUCGCGAUUUUGAUGAUCAUGCCACCCGUGUAGUUGGGAAGUAUGAGAGUGUGGAUACGUUCUACAGACGCUGCAGUAGUGCUACUUAUGUGCAAUCUGUUUCCGUUCCGCUUCUCUGCAUUAGUGCUCUGGAUGAUCCAAUCUGUACAACAGAAGCCAUUCCCUGGGAUGAAUGCAAGGCAAAUAAAAAUAUUUUGUUGGUUACGGUAAAGCAUGGAGGACAUCUGGCCUUUUUUGAAGGGCUAACUGCAUCUCACCUUUGGUGGGUAAGAGCUGUAAAUGAAUUUCUUGGUGUACUACACAGUAACAACUAUAUGCGUGUACAGGAGAAGAUUUCCAAACCAAAAUUUCCAUUGGAAUCGUCAAUUGACCAAGGCCCCUAUGUUAAUGUAUCUGAAAAUGGAAAGGUAGCUGCAGUGAACAAUGACCUCAAAACAAAGUGGAAGAAAUUCCGGGAUAUGUAUCAUGACAAUCAUAAUAACAGGGUUCCACGAGUAAAAAGUUCAUUGAAAAGAUGA